AUGUUUUGGAGACAGAAAAGUAGGGUUCUCUGGCUAAGGAAAGGUGAUAGAAACUCAAAAUAUUUCCAUGCACUGGUAAAGCAGAGAAGAGCUAGGAAUAGGAUAACACAACUUCUGGACGAAAAUGGGAAUGUCGUGGAGGAUGAGGAAGGAUUAGUAGCCAUUGCUACUAGUUAUUUCCGACAAAUAUUUGAGUUUUCCAACCAAGAAGAUAUAGCUGAUGUGUUAUCUGAGAUCUCACCUACGAUUACUGGAGCAAUAAAUGAUGACCUGACUGCUCCAGUGACUGAAUGGGAGUUUCUUUUCGAGGGGACUAUGGCACAUGGCCUGAAUGACACAAACAUUUGUUUAAUUCCUAAGACAACAAAGCCGAAUGAGAUGACAAAGUUUAGACCUAUCAGUCUAUGCAAUGUCAGCUACAAGAUAGUAUCUAAGGUCUUAUGCCAAAGAUUGAAGAAGGUUCUUCCACAGCGGAUAUCAGAGACUCCGUCAGCCUUCGUUGCUGGUAGACAGAUUACAGAUAAUAUCAUGAUAGCUCAGGAGAUGUUCCACGCUUUGAGAACUAAACCGGGAGGACGGGUUAAACGAAUGGCCAUAAAAACUGAUAUGAGCAAAGCAUAUGAUAGGAUGAAGUGGGUUCCAGCGAAUGAUAGGCUGCAGAUCAAGGAUACUCUUGGUAUACAAAACGAAGGCGGGAUGGGCUCAUACUUAGGAAUCCCAGAGGACAUCAGUGGAUCAAAGUGUAAAUUAUUUGCUUUCUUAAAAGACAAGCUCCUACACAAAGUGAAUGGCUGGACUGGUAGAUGGUUAUCGAAGGGAGGAAAGGAGGUUUUGAUUAAAUCGAUAUUGUUAGCUCUUCUGACCUAUGUCAUGUCUAGCUUCCUACUUCCUCUGGAGAUAUGUGAGAACCUAGCAAGUGCCAUUGCACAGUUCUGGUGGAGCUCGAAUCCUCCGAAAAGAGGAAUCCAUUGGGAAAAAUGGGAAAAGAUGUGUGCACCUAGAGAGGAGGGAGGAAUUGGUUUCCGUAUGAUCCAUGAAUUUAAUCUAGCUCUUCUAGCUAAGCAGCUUUGGCGUCUUGUUCAAUUUCCGGAUUCACUUGUAGCGAGAGUUCUUCGGGGGAGAUAUUACCGUUUGAGUUCGCCGUCGCGAAUGGGAACUGCAGAUAUUCCAUCGUAUGUAUGGACAAGUAUUACUGUCGCGAGGAAGCUAUUACUUUUGGGAAUCAGAAGCAAAGUGCAUUCAAGGUACGAAAUUAAUGUGUGGAUCUUUGGAUUCCUUCGACGCCAGCUAGACCGGCACGGGCCCGGGCUCCAGCAGUGA